CAUUGUUGAAGCAGGGGAGUGCGUGCUGUGAACAGCUUGUGCAGAUUUUAAAUAGCGGUUUUUUUUGGGGGGGGCUUUAGUAUUGUUUAGACAUGAAUAACCAGGACACUUUACACAAGGCUUUUCGACAAGUGCAACGUUGCAGGGGCCACAGUUAGAUACAGACACACCAGUCUUGUUAUAGCAAAGCAUUUUGCCAGACUGCGCGCUAGCAAAGCUACCAACUUACUUCCUCUUCCUCGGAAGAGGCUCACAAAGGAAAUGCGGUCGAUCAGAAAAUAUUAACGUAACGUGGAGUUUGUCUUUAAUGGUCGAGGGUGAUUAAAAACCGCUUUCUCAAAAUAGUUCGCAACACAGACAGACUCUCAAGCGCUGGUGUAACUCACAGCCAGUCGGUCUUUGUUGAAACAGAUGUCUCAGAUUUGACUCGCGAUUCUGGAUUUGACAUCCUACUAGUUACUGACGUUAACGUAUUAUUUUCUCUUGAUUUCGAUAUUUUAAGCUCAACCGCACUGCAAAUCGUUCAGUAAUCUAUCGGCUAACGUUACACUAGUAACGUUUCGUUUUUUUCCCCCCACGUUUGUUUGCGUUAUAUGAAGAAUGCAGCUGCCGUUAUGGCGAUAGUCGUGAAAAGAAAGAUGCACCGAUAUCCAUAUCCUGAAAUUAAAAGGAGGUAGCUUAGCUUACAGCUAACGUUUAGCUAAGCGUUCCUUAGCGACCUUAUCUAGCUAGCAAAUGUAGCCACCCUGCUAGUGUGUUAGCGGUUUGGAAGAGGCCAGUGAACUGAUAUUUAUCAGCUCUUUUUCCAGUGUCACUUUGUUUAUGGUAAUUGACUUGAAUGUAGUCGACCAUCUGAGAAGUUGGCCCUUUUGUGUGUCUGUUGCCAAACAAUCACGAUAAGGUUGGUGUUCUGAAGUCGGGCCUGUUAGCAUUUGGCUAACUGGCUAAUUACUUAGCUGAGCUAAAGCUAAUAUAGCAGCUACCCAUCACAAAGUUACGACAGCCAGCAGUCAUUGCUACUGAAUUGAAGUGUCAGGCGUACAAUGGCAACCCCCACAAACGAGGCCUUGUUUUUGAUAAAGGAUGUGAAGCCCGGGUCGAAAAACUUGAACAUCGUAUUCAUCGUAUUGGAAAUAGGGCGAGUAACCAAAACGAAAGAUGGUCAUGAGGUGCGCUCCUGCAAGGUGGCGGACAAGAGCGGGAGCAUUGCUAUCUCUGUGUGGGACGAACUCGGCAGCCUUAUUCAGCCAGGGGAUAUAAUCAAGCUGACCAGAGGCUAUGCAUCCAUAUGGAAAGGCUGCCUGACCCUAUACACUGGAAGAGGAGGGGAUCUACAAAAGAUUGGAGAGUUCUGCAUGGUGUAUUCAGAAGUGCCCAACUUCAGUGAACCAAACCCAGAGCUUCUAACCCAACCGAACCAGCAAAACAAGUCUGGUAAACCAGACCAGAAUCAGAGGGGAAACUCUCCACCCAAUCAGAAUUCAGGUACCCCUGCCCCACCAGGUAACGGUUCCAUGCCACCAUUUGGCGGCAACAACCCACCACCUGGCGCACCCCGUGACCCUGCGUUCGGGAGCGUUGGGCGACCCAACGGUCGGUCACCUGGGAACGGAGCGCCUCCGGUUACUGCUGCAGGACCCCCAGCAGCCGCAAAGUCUUCAAUUAACAUUAGCAACGGCAGGGACCCACGGCGUGCCAAAAGAUGAAACUGGGGUUAGGGGGUAUCAUGUGGGGAAAACUAUGGACCUCCCCGUUUUGCCCUGACCCCUUUUUUAACAUCUCUGCCCCGUACCCAUCAAAGCCUAUCAUGGCUUUCAACAUAAUGAGUUACUUUAGGGACUACUUGCAUCAUUUUUACACAGGCUAUAUCAUAGUCAAACGUGUCGUUCAGUGUCAUGCGUGUAGUGCAAGUAGUGCUCUCAAUAAGCAGCACAGUGUGAUUGUGAUUUACCACUUGAUGCACUAGCAGGACUUCUUAUACAGUCGAGCCUUGCUGGCUGAGUUGUGGUCGGCCUCCUCAGUCUACAUUGUUGUCUGCAAAAUCUUACUGAAAAUUGCCAGUUCUGUGCCAGUGUUUCCUCCCCUGUACCCCGUUCCGAAGCCCCCCCCUUCCCUGUUAGGUUCUUUUCAGACUAUACACCCUACUUGAACACUUGAUGCACUUUCUUUUCUUAAUUUAUAUCUUGGCAAGGUUGCCUGUCAUUUAAAUCUGAAAACGUGUUUCUGCUUUUUAGUGGAAAAGGCCUUAAGUUGGUGGAAAUGAGUUAUUGGACUGAAUGCACAAGCAACAUUCUUCAAAGAGCUUCUUUCUCUUAACCAAACUGUAUCCGAGUGACUCUGUGACAGGAACGGUGUUAGUUUUGAAUUUUUAAUGAUGGGUAGGAUGAUUGAUAUUAAACUUGUUGUUUUUUUUCAUAGGAUUUUUUUUUUUUUCUUGUUUGCCAUCAAUUGUACCUUGCUCAAGGUGGGACCACUUAAAUACUGGCGAAAUGGUUCACCGAAUAAAUUUUACAGUAAUUCUGUUGCCACA